AGUAAUUUUGUUAUAAAUAAUAAAACUGUUUUAAUUGUACGAAUCCCUGGAUAUUUAAAAAAUGUUUAGUCGUUCGAUAAAAGUAAUACCAGCUUCAAGAGUAUCAAAAAAAGACAUACAUGGAGUAGAGCGUUUGAUAAUGACACUGAUGAAUUUUGACAUCUGGAUGUUGACCAACGUCAGCUGGUGGACUAAAAAAUCACUGAGAUUUUUAAAACCAGUUCUGGAGUCAUUAUUUGUAAUGAGUAUCGGUGCUGGUCUGUUGCUGGCCUACAGUCUCGUUCAUGCGCCGAAUGUUGAUAAUUUUUUUAGUAGAAAAACUCAAGAAUUUCCCAAGGAAGAAUUCAUGGCCAUAUCUGAUACUUCAGAAUCUUACAAAGCCUUGAUACAGAACGAAUUGACUCAUCUGAAGAGCAAAGCGUUCAGUCUUGAGAUGACAAUUAAAAGAAUGCAUCUAGAGUUGCAAAAUCUAAAUAAAAAUAAUAAAAAUAUCGGUGACUUAUUGCCAGACUUUGCGUCAGAAGCUGCUGGAGGAACAAUUAUCGCCAUACCCGACACUGAAUCUUUUUAUCAGCCCAGUUCUAUUCAGUUUUCACUUUUUGGUAUUCCAGUUUGGAAACCUAAUUACUUUACGCCCCGUAAAAUUAUCCAGCCGUGGACACAACCAGGAGAAUGUUGGGCAUUCCGAGGAUCCAACGGGAAUGUUGAGAUUGAAUUAGCACGCACAGCUUUGGUAAAUAGUGUCACAUUAGAGCACAUUCCGGUAACAACAUCACUUACAGGAUUUAUUGAUUCAGCUCCCAAAGAAUUUCGUGUUCUUGGUAAGUUCCGUGAUAAAUAUUUACUAUUAGGGUCAUUUGUUUACAAUUACAAUGGACCAGCUUCACAAACAUUUGAAAUUCCUAAAAAUGAAAUGAAAAUAAUUCCAUUGAAAUUAAUAAUGCUGCAAAUACUUUCUAAUUGGGGGAAUCCAGAGUAUACUUGUGUCUAUAGGUUUAGAGUCCAUGGUAAAAAUUAUGAAAAUUAUCAAGACUCAGUAUUAUUGUCAAAGAACAAAUUAAUUUAUAAUAAUUAUAAAAAAUAAAUAUCAGUAUAGUUUAUUGCAGUAGA